UGACCUGCACUGAUUAAAUGAUAAACAAUAUAUAAUAACUAUUAUAAUAAGUAAACGUUUAUCGUUUAUACUUCAGUUGUCUAAGUAAAGCUGACGGGAUCAAUCCUUUUGUACAAAAUGUUUAAACUGUGCGUCUUUCUCGCGUUGUCUGUUGCGUCAUGUUAUGGAGCACCAGACCGCAGCACUGCUUGUGGCCAAAUUCCCGGAAAUAUGAACAGGUGUUUAGUUCUACCGCCUGGCGUAAGUCACAACAUUUGGCAGAAAUGUGAAACCACACAGGGUGAGUGCGAAAGACUGACUUGCACAUUCCGUGAAUACAAUCUCCUAGACGGUGAAGUUAUCAACAGGGAGAGAGCCACAGCAUUCUUCGGAAACUAUGCGAAGGAAAACCCGGUGUUCACAGCCGCUAUAGAGCACGUGAAGACUGAAUGUCUGGGCAGCACCCCCCUGGAGCCGCGAGGAGUCAACCUCAACUGUCCUGUUUAUGAUGUCCUGCAUUGCAUUUACGCUAAUUUGAUUAAGCACGCGGAUCCUUCUCAGUGGACUACCUCGGCGGAGUGCAAGCGCGCGCGCGCCUUCGCGGCAUCGUGCCCCAUCUGUCCUGACGAGUGCUUUGCGGAUAACGUGCCCGCCGGCGCCUGCAAUGCUUGCUAGUCAUUAACACACCUGGACUGUAUGAUUUAAUAUUGUAUUUGAAUAAAUAUAUUAUUUUCUAAGACUACUA